AUGAACGCCGUCGUCGCCCAGCCCGCCGCUGUGCCCCGCCAGUUCGCGGCGAGGUCCGCCCUCCGUCGCAACGCCGGCAAGGCCGCGUCCGCCGCGCCCGCGCGCGCCAGGCGCUCCGUCGCCGUCCGCGCCGCCGGCAACAACGAGGACAAGACCGUCGCGAUCGCGUCCAUCGCCGCCUUCCUCGCCGCCGCGCCCCUCGCGGCGGUGGCUGACGAUUUCGCCCCCCCCGCGCAGGAGGCUCCCGCCUCGGCGCUCGCGCAGUUCCAGGCGCAGGCGCAGUCCGCGAUGUCCGGCGAUUCCCUCACCGCGCCCGACACCAAGGUGGUCGACCCCAACGCCCUCCCCGAGGGCAACACCUGGAGGUACUCCGAGUUCAUCCGCGCCGUCAUGGGCGGCAAGGUUGAGCGCGUCAGGUUCGCCAAAGAUGGCACCUCCCUCCAGCUCACCGCGGUGGACGGCAGGCGCGCGCAGGUGACCCUCCCCAACGACCCGGAGCUCGUGGACAUCCUCGCCAAGAACGGCGUCGACAUCUCAGUCUCCGAGGGCGACCAGCAGGGCAACUACGCCUCCCUCUUCGGCAACCUCCUCUUCCCGCUCCUCGCGUUCGGCGGCCUCUUCUUCCUCUUUCGCCGCGCGCAGGGCGGCGAGGGCGGCGGCGGCUUUGGUGGCAUGGGCGGCGGCGGACCCAUGGACUUCGGCAAGUCCAAGUCCAAGUUCCAGGAGAUCCCGGAGACGGGCGUGACGUUCGUGGACGUCGCGGGCGUCGACGGCGCCAAGCUCGAGCUCCAGGAGGUUGUCGACUUUCUCAAGAAUCCCGACAAGUACACGCAGCUCGGAGCCAAGAUCCCCAAGGGGUGCCUCCUCGUCGGUCCCCCCGGCACCGGUAAGACUUUGCUCGCCAAGGCUGUCGCGGGCGAGGCGGGCGUCCCGUUCUUCUCCUGCGCCGCGUCCGAGUUUGUCGAGCUCUUCGUCGGCGUCGGCGCGUCGCGCGUUCGCGAUCUCUUCGAAAAGGCCAAAUCCAAAGCUCCGUGCAUCGUCUUCAUCGACGAGAUCGACGCCGUCGGUCGCCAGCGCGGGUCCGGCAUGGGCGGCGGUAACGACGAGCGCGAGCAGACGAUCAACCAGCUGCUGACGGAGAUGGACGGCUUCGAGGGCAACACCGGCGUCAUCGUCCUCGCGGCGACGAACAGGCCGGAUGUCCUCGACUCGGCGCUGCUCCGCCCCGGCCGCUUCGACCGCCAGGUGACGGUGGACCUCCCCGACGUGGCGGGUCGCAUCCGCAUCCUCAAGGUGCACGCCCGGGGUAAGACGAUCGGCAAGGAUGUCGAUUUCGACAAGGUUGCGAGGCGCACGCCCGGUUUCUCGGGCGCCGCGCUGCAGAACCUCCUCAACGAAGCCGCGAUCCUCGCCGCGCGUCGCGACCUGACCGAGAUCUCCAAGGAGGAGAUCGCGGAUGCCCUCGAGCGCAUCGUCGCGGGCGCCGCCAAGGAAGGCGCCGUCAUGUCCGAGAAGAAGAAGAGGCUCGUCGCCUACCACGAGGCUGGCCACGCCAUCGUCGGCGCGCUCAUGCCCGAGUACGACCCGGUGACGAAGAUCUCCAUCGUGCCCCGCGGCGCCGCGGGCGGUCUCACCUUCUUCGCCCCCUCCGAGGAGCGCCUCGAGUCCGGCCUCUACUCCAGGACCUACCUCGAGAACCAGAUGGCGGUCGCGAUGGGCGGCCGCGUCGCCGAGGAGCUCAUCUUCGGCGCCGAGAACGUCACCACCGGCGCCUCUGGAGACUUCCAGCAGGUUUCCAGGACGGCGCGCAUGAUGAUCGAGCAGAUGGGCUUCUCCGAGAAGAUCGGCCAGAUCGCGCUCAAGACGGGCGGCGGCCAGACCUUCCUCGGCAACGACGCCGGCAGGGGCGCGGACUACUCUCAGGCCACCGCCGACAUCGUCGACUCGGAGGUGCAGGCGCUGGUGGAGGUUGCGUACAGGCGCGCCAAGGAUCUCGUGCAGGAGAACAUCCAGUGCCUCCACGACGUCGCCGAGGUGCUCCUCGACAAGGAAAACAUCGACGGCGACGAGUUCGAGCAGAUCAUGCUCAAGGCCAAGGCGAAGCUCUACCUCAAGGACGACAACUCCGCCGUGGACGUCCCCUUCAAGACUGCGUAA